AUGCUGAGUUCUAGCUCAAGCACUGUGAGGAAUCUUUCUUUGAAGAAGCAGCUCUGCUUCCUGCUGAAACUCGUGUGCUUUGUCAGCUCAGUCUUCAUAUUUUGUGAAUUUUUAGUUUAUUAUGUGGUGAUUUUUCAAUGUCAAUGGCCAGAAGUGAAAGGUGGAGCUCAGGGGGGUGAGACAGAGGCUUCAACGUCAGUCCUAAAGGCCAUCAUUUUAGCUGAUACUCACCUGCUUGGUGAAAUCAAAGGACAUUGGCUGGAUAAGCUAAGAAGGGAAUGGCAAAUGGAGAGAUCUUUCCAAACUGCCUUGUGGUUACUGCAGCCAGACAUUGUUUUUAUUCUGGGCGACGUCUUUGAUGAAGGAAAAUGGAGCUCGCCUCAGGCCUGGGCAGAUGAUGUCAGGAGAUUUCAGAAGAUGUUUCGGUGUCCAGUCUCCACUGAACUAGUGGUGGUCGUUGGGAACCAUGACAUUGGAUUCCAUUAUGAGAUGACUGCUUACAAGGUAAAUCGGUUUGAAAAGGUUUUCAACUUCACUUCAGGAAAGCUGAUAACUCGGAAAGGAAUAAACUUUGUCCUGGUGAACAGCGUCGCUAUGGAGGGUGAUGGCUGCGCUCUCUGCCGGGCCUCAGAGGCAAAGCUGCUGGCACUUUCUCACCAGCUGAAUUGCUCCCAGCAGGAAACAAACCAUUCUGACAAGAGAUGCAGCAAUGUGGAAAAGCUUCCAGCUUCAGAGCCCAUCCUUUUACAGCAUUACCCUCUCUAUCGCAAAAGUGAUAUUGAGUGCAGUGGAGAAGAUUCUGCUCCUCCAGAGGAGAAGAAGAUCCCAUUUAAAGAGAAGUAUGAUGUGCUGUCUAAAGAAGCAUCACAAAAGCUGAUGUGGUGGUUUCACCCCCGUUUGGUGCUCAGUGGGCACACGCACAGCAGCUGUGAAGUGCUGCAUGCGGGGAAGGUCCUGGAGGUGAGCGUGCCGUCGUUCAGCUGGAGGAACAGAAACAACCCCAGCUUCAUCAUGGGCAGCAUAACACCGACUGACUUCUCCCUCCAAAAAUGCUUCCUUCCAUAUGAGAGCAGAGUCUUUACUACAUACUGUGCAGCAGGUGCCCUGCUUGUGAUCCUGCUACUAGCUCAUUUUCAGCUUCUCACUCCACCAUUUUAUUUUGCUCAGCAUUUAAUCAGUAAGCAUAAAGCAGUAUGAAGAGCCAAACAUCUGCAGUCACUGAAAUACCAAAGCUGAGAACAGUCAAACAUCAGACUAUAUUCAUGCCAGCAAAUGACCUAAUUGGAUUGCUAGUCUGAAGGCAGGUUGCAUUUACACAUACCAUAGAAGUCCUACACAGCUGAUAUGACUACUACAGGAUAAAUAAUUAACUGAAAGGAACGGUUCAUGCUGUACAAAAAUACUGUAUUCUACAAUCAAAUGAGUCCCUUUCCUGCUAGGAUUUUUUUUUGGUAUCAAAUAUGUAUAUUAAAAGUGUAACUGUACAGUAUGUAAAUCCUUACAGCCUCUCAUCACGUGCCUGCAGUUGUGUCUUACCCCGGUGGAGGCUCAGUCCUGCAAACUGGAAAUGUUUCUCUGUGUUAUUGCUGCGUGGCCCUUCUCACGUCACACUGCUCAUUGUGAGGGUCAGGCAGAACCUAAGUGCCCCAGCACAGAGAGAUGUGGAUUCCUGUAACCUUUUUAGGAGGGGCUGUGGUUUGGGACAAGAAAUCUUCCAGUUUCUGACACGUGAAGUUGUUAUCUGACUACAACUGGCACCAGUCAUCAUCUACCAGACAACAACAGGAAGAAGCUUGGGGAUCCAGUUUGCUGAUACACCCUUGAAACCUGCUUAAAAAAAAUAAAUUAGGGUGACACCUCAAGCUGCUGUUUUCAAGAAGAUGUGCUAUGUAGAGCUUAAAAACAAACCCCAAACCAAGAGGACCCUACUGCAGCCCAGAGAGCUGUGUUGGGAGGGGCCCUCCCGUUGCCAGUCUUCUGCGGGACGGAAGGUCAAAUACAGCUGCAGUAACAUCAUCCUACACCUUGGUUCUCAGGCUAAGGCAGAUGGGGAUAGGAAUGUGCCUUAUUUUAGAUGGGCCACUGAGUGCUCUCGAGUUCUGUGUGAGUCAUGUUUUGCAUGGCCCCAGCUCCUGUGUAGCGAGGCUGAGCUGGGCCCAGCCUGGAUAGCAGCACAGGGGGAUGUGUCAAAUCUGAGCUUGGUGUCUUCAUGUGCCAUAUGUGAGGGAAGCUGCGGCAGAGCCACUGCUUCUCCCCAACUGCCCCUGAAAAAGCAGAGAGGCUAUUUCACACCAGGACCAGUGUUCCUGUCAAGAUUCCUGCAGAGGUUGGUAGCUCGAACCUUGCACUCCUGGGCUGGAGUUGGUUUUACAGAGGAGCUUAGCUCUUGUAAUUCCCUCUGCUGUUUUCUUUGGCGUGGGAAGGGAGAGAACCUUAUCCUUCGGGAGUUUUGUUAUUAGCUUAUUCCACACAGCCUCGCACUGCCUGGGCACUCUGAUGACAAAACUGAACAUACAGCUAUCAAUAUAACAUGGUUAUAUU